UGCUCCUACGGGUACAACAAGGCUAUAGCUGCCUAAUGGAGUACGUAGUUAGGAAGCGUCCAAGGUCCAACCAAAUCAAGCACACGCAACACAAACACAUGGACGACGCGGCGGCGGAGGCCGAAGCGCUGCGGCUCCGGCUGGCCGCAAUCGCCAGGAAGUGGCUGGAGGACCCCCGCGCGGACUACGCCGGCAACGUCACCGACGCGGCCAGCCAAAAGCGCCACGCGCUCAACUCGCUGGUGCUGGGCGGCGCACGCAUCUCCCUCUCCGAGCACGGCCGCGUCGUCUGCUCGUUCCACGUGCCGCCGCCGCUCACCGACUCGGACGGGACGUGGCACGCGGGGGCGCUGGCGGCGGCGGUGGACAACAUGUGCUCGGCGGUGGUCUUCACGGUGGUGGGCGCGCCCACGGCCACCGUCCACUACGGCCUGUCCUACUUCUCGCCCGUCGCGUGCAACGUAUGCCCAUUUCCUACAAUAAUACAGAGGAGGUUCAAUUGGACGGGCGGGUGGUGGGCCGGAAGGGGAAGCUGACGGCCGCUGUCGUGCGGGUGCGGAAGAUGGGAUCCGGCGAGCUGGUGGCGAUAGGGAGGCAGUGGAUGACCCCUGCCUGGCCAACAAAGAGCAACAAAAGUAGGAGCAGCCUCUGACACAAGUUAAAAUGUCGUCCGAUCGGAUGAUUUCAGAUUUGAGCAUCUAUCUCCGUUCAGUAGAACGAAACAAAUGAAAAUCCAUUUAUUAGUGCUUGGGCGAGGGAUUCUUUCUUUGAA